AUGGACCGCUUUGCUACAGAGAAAGAAGCUGCUCGAGCCCAAUUGUCAUUGGCCGGAAACCAGCUUCAAAGUAUAAAGGAGAAAAUCUCGGUUCAAGCAAGGAAAACAGAGGAGCUCGAGGCUCGGUUGGCUUCUGAACUUGCCAAUGCUGAAAAGACAAAGCCCAAUGCAGAUGCCUUUGUGGCUGUUUAUCGGGUCGAUGCUCAGGCCGCUCAGUCGCAUGCGAGAGAAGUAGCUGAGACCGCUCGAGCUCGAGCACAUUGGAUAACCAAAUUUUCCAAAUACCAAUAUCGGAGGGAAACCCUUGAGGAGAUCCAUUAUCGAGGCUUCGAUCUUACUGAACAGAUAAUAAAGGCAAAAGAGCUUGAAGCUGAUGCUGGGGCCUUGGCCUCCGAUGAUGACGAUGACGAUGAUGAUGAUGACGAUGACGGUGAUGGGAACAAGAGCGGGUCUCAGAGUGGGGAGGAGCCCGAUGGAGAAGAGACCUCCCCCUGA